GUCAAUGUCAAUGGGAAAAAUGCCAAACAAUCCAUGAAAGUUGCUAAACAAUAUCAAACAAAACUUAAAAAGCUUUUCUGUUACAUAACAAUGCUAGUUUUUUUUUAAGAAUAUCAUAAGUUUUUUAUUUACGUAAUAAACAUAUUGAUAGUAGUUAAUAAGUUUUUUGUUAAUAAAGUGUUUGUAAGCUCGAAAGUACCAUGAAUGGUCCUGGUAUGAGUUUGUUUCAAGGUGCCCCAAGCAUUCACAUAAAUAAUAGCGCUCAAGACAGACUUGAAGAGCAGGAAGAGCUAGCUGAUAAAAAGCGGCUCGAUGAAGAGUUGCAACGUAAUCUCGUAAAUGCAUUCGACGAUCUUCACGACGAUGAUAAUAGUUCCGUUAACAGCAGUGGAAACUAUACGUUGGACGCAUCUUGCCCCAAUGGAGCUCAGCAACCCAUCAGAACUGGCUGCCCGCCCACAUAUGUGGAAUCCUUAACCCGCUCAAAAGAAAUUCAACAUGUGACUGAGCCAUCCAAGCCAUUUUGCCAAACGCCCAAGAAUCAUUUGCAGCACUUGAAUAUAGAGGAACCCAUCAAGCUGGGUUACAGUCCACAUGGCGCUGGAGAUGGCCAGAAUCAUUAUUACAAUCAAGAAUGCAGAGGAAUACCAGCAGGACAUAUCAAUGGUAUUAAUAACUUUGAAGCCAGACAAGACUAUAACAUGAAUGAAGAAAAUCUGAGAGUCUUAUAUGAGAUGCGUUUAAAAGAAUGUCAACAUCUAGCAAACCAGAUAGAAAAACAUGAUAUGGAGGUUGAAAGUCUCAGAGCAAGGCUCACAGCUGCCAUACAAGACAAAGACAAGGCAGAGUUUUCUCUGCAAGAAGCUCAUCGUUUACUUGCGUCAGGCAAGCACAAGUCGAUAGAGCUGGAGCAGCAGAUGACGUCACUGAGGGAGAAGCUGGUGGCGAGCGAGCAGGACAAGGAGCAGCUCAAGAUGGAGCUGCGCGCCGCCAACAUCGCCGUGCAGGACGUGCAGCAACGAUUGCACACCAUGCAGGUUGCCCACUCCCAUGACACUGACGCCCUGUUCAGGGAACAGCAAGACAGACACAGAGAAGAAGUGGACAGAUUGCAAAACGACUUGAUGAAGGCAAAGAGUAGGCUUGAUGAAAAGGAUAACGAAAUAAAAAUAUUAGAAAAACGAUGUAUGGAACGCGACCGAGAGAAAGAAGAAAUACUAAUAGACAAGGGUGCUACAAUAAAUCGUUUGGCCAACGAGCUAGAAGUGGCUCAGAGUAGACUUGUGAAUGGAGAGACUGCUCAACUCAAAGACAAACUUCUACAGCUGACCAGCGAUAGGAAUACUGCUAGAGAACAAGUUAAAGUGCUUGGGUCAAAAUUAAAAGACACUGCUCAAGAAUUGGUCACGUGCCGAAACAUGAUGGCCGCUUCUCAGAAGGAGUAUGAGAAUUGGAGGACAACGCUCAACCAGAUAUUGAAGGAGGCACUACCGGAUAAUUGUUACAGUCUAGGUGAGCCGCCAUCUCCCGGGAAGCUGGCUACCUUGAAGGAGGUGUUGAGUCGUCAUAAACAACAGAUUCAAAAACUUUCGACAAUGCAAGAGGAAAUAGCGAAACGCGAAAAGCGGUUAGAACAACACAGAAAACAGGAGUCUGACCUCAGAGCGAAGCUGGAGGAGCAGAAAGGCAUAGAGAUGCAGCUCAACUCGCGGCUGGCCGUGCUGCAGAACAAGCUGGAACUGCUCGGGACAAAUACUGACAGCGAGCUGCUUGACACAUACAAGCUGCAGAACGAACAGAUGAGGAAAGAUUCCGAGGAACUGAGGGCUGAGUUUAAAAAUCUGGAAUUGAAAUAUGCGGAGCUCGAAAUGGAAUACGACAAAUUGAAAAGUGAGAAAGGCAGCCGCGCGUCUCUCGUGCAAGAAGCGAACGCUGACCUGUUGAGAGAGUUGGACACUUACAAUGGCAGACUUAAGGAUACGCUGAAGGAGAAUGGCGAGCUGAAAACAUUAUAUUUACAGGUAUGUAGUGCACGCGAUGGAGUUACAAGGGAACUAAAAGACGUACAAAUAAAACACCAAAGGGAAAUCGAACAGUACAAAAAUCAAGAGAGAGAUUACAUAGAGAGAAUAGAGAAAGAAAAAAGACUGGUAGAGAAGUUUGUAACAGAUUUGACAAACGCGAGAAAAGAAUUGGAAAUAGCUAAUAAGAGGAUUUCUGAGUUACAAAAGGAGUUUACAGACAAACAGAAGGAAUUCACUGAUAAACUGAACAAGUUUUUAGAAGAUGAGAAAAUUGCAAUGCGUAAAGAGAAAGAAGCGUGUGCACAAUGCGACAAACAGUUGAAACACAUCAGGACUUUAGAAGACCAGUUGAGCAAGUACAAUAUGAAAUUGGCGUCUCAAGAAAGCAACGAAACGCUGAUGAAAGAGUUAAAGGGGAAGGCGGAGUUCUUCCAGAAGUACAUAAUGGAGCGGUACAAGAAGCUGACGGACCUGCGAUCGGUCGGCACCAACACGGACGACUCGCGCCCGCCCGCCGCCGCGCCGCCUACCGACUGCGAGGACGCUCUCGACGCUAAGACUGCCUUAAUGAUGAAAGAGAAAGCCAUACGGGACCAGAUAGCCGAGAAGUUUACAUUAGAAAUCAAAACCAUAGAAAUGAACUGCGCGAGGCGUCUAAAAGAAAUGGAGACAGAACAGUUAGCCUCUGUCACCAAACUGAAGGACUUGUUGGAAAGGAAGGCGAAAGAGAUCGACACAUUAAAGGAGUUUAUAUUGUCUGAGAGAGCAAAAGUCACCCAAAUAUUGGAGUCUAAGGAGAAUGAGAUAUCGGUGCUGAUAAAGGAGCAUAAUGAACUGCAAAAUGAAUGCCAGCGGUCAAAAGAUGAAGUCGUUGAAUGGAGGCACAAAGCUGAAAAAUAUAAGGAACGUUUAUCCCGCCUGGGCUCCUUAGAAGACAUUUUGAAAAAGGAGAAGGAGGACUGGAAACAGAAGACAAGCUCCAGUGCGAAGGAAUGCCAGAGCUUGAAGAGCACAAUACUGGAGCUGCAGUCGAAUUUAACACAAAUAGAUCAGAAAUACACCAAACUGCAGUCUGAACACCAAAUUAUACAGGAGAAGUAUAAAAAUGCUAAGAGAACGGUUCUUACUUAUAAGGAUUACAUGUCAAAAAAAGACAACCACAUAAACAGUGAAAUGAACAGGAUACAGAACGAGUACAGGAAGAUAUUCGUCAAACUGCAGAACCAAAUCAACUACUACGUCAACUCGCGCUUGACGGAAGAGAGGAAACAGAAGGAGAAACGCACGCCCUCACAGUCGCAACAGUACUCGCCGGUCGAUUAUACAGCAAGAAUGAAUGAACUGACGGAGGAUUUCGCGAGACUAGCUCAAGCUAACUUCCAGGAUAGCCCGGACAGCGUUCACUGACGUACAAUGUACAUCGGACAGUGGAUCUGUUUAACUUCAUUGUACAAAUCUCGCCAAACUCUUAGUCCGCUCUGAACACGAGGCGUAUGAUUGUGCAGUGUACAAAAACAUAUACAGGAUGUCCCGCAAUUAAUGGACAAAACGCAAAUGGUAGAAACACCAUCCAAUUUAACUAAAACUAAUUUGAAUAGUUUUGAAAAAAUCCCUAGGGUGACCAAGUUUAUUAUUAUUGCUCUCAAAGUUUCUUCUAAAAAACAAAUUAUUACAUUAUUCAUAAAAAUAGUAUCAUAAUACAUUGGUAAUUUAAUUUGGCAAAAAAAUACAGCAGAUACAGCAUAGAAAAAAAUUUAUUCAAUAUAGAUAUAAUUUGGUCACCCUAAGGAUUUUUCAAAACUAUUCAAAUUAGUUUUAGUUUUAGGUGGUGUAUCUACCAUUUGCGUUUUAUCCAUUAAUUAGGGGAUUAUACAUACGCAGUUUGGUGUGUAGCAAUUUGCAACUUCAGAGCUAAGACUAAAAGUUUGGCGUGGACUAUAGACUAAUAGUUAUUACCUAUUGAGCUGAAAUUUUACAUACACUUUAUACAAAGAAAUCAAAUUUUAAAACUAUUUUUCGUGUAGGUUGGUAAUUUUUUUUUACAAAUAAUUUUGAUGAACUACUGCCGAAUGCUCAGACCAAUUAUAGAAGGACCUGUAUCACACUCAUAGUCACGAGCAAAAUUGUCUGUCAUUUUCUGAAGAAAACGAGCUUCGAUUUGGUAUAUAUCUUAUACUAAACUAGAAGUUUUUGCCCGUUUUUUACACAAUUGAACUUCAAAAAAAAAUUUUUAAGGAGCUCUUUAAUCGACGAAAACAAUUACAACUAUUUAACAUCGAUUCUAUAGAGACAGUUUUUAUAAUUGCAUUAGGUCGUUGAUCAUAUACUUUGACAGAAAAGUAACGUCUAGCGAGACAGGUCCAAUACAAUAAUUGGUCUGAGGCCGAAUGUGACAAUAUUAUUUCACAUUCUUCUUUCUUUGUUUAUGGCACUGCUAUUAUUUCGCAAUAAUAACGAAUGUCGUCGCAUGAAGUUUGGCAGUAUCGACUUUAUACUCCGCGCCACGAAACAAGUCCCGUAGACGCGGCGCUAAUGUCUUAUUGUCGCUCAUUGUCGUUUGGUAAUGGCAGUCUUAUGUCAUUCGUGUUUUGACGGCCUCCGUGGCGCAGUGGUAUGCGCGGUGGAUUUACAAGACGGAGGUCCUGGGUUCGAUCCCCGGCUGGGUCGAUUGAGAUUUUCUUAAUUGGUCCAGGUCUGGCUGGUAAGAGGCUUCGGCCGUGGCUAGUUACCACCCUACCGACAAAGACAUACCGCCAAGCGAUUUAGCGUUCCGGUACGAUGUUGUGUAGAAACCGAUAGGGGUGUGGAUUUUCAUCCUCCUCCUAACAAGUUCCCCGCUUCCAUCUUAGAUUGCAUUAUCACUUACCAUCAGGUGAGAUUGUAAUCAAGGGCUAACUUGUAAAGAAUUAAAAAAAAAAUUAGUUUAGGUCUUAGCCGCGGGACUUCUUUUGUGGCGCGGAGUCUACUUAUUAUUUUAGUUUUUAACUUACUGUUUAUAUCAUACCAAUAUGCAUUCCAUAUAGGGCAUAAAUUUACUGCCGGCAUUUGCUUAAAAGCUUACAUUUUCUACUGGCCAUAUUUAAUAAAAUGGAAAAACUUAAUUUUUUUUUCAAAGCAAAGUAGACUCAAUCACUAUUACUUAAAGUUCACUUUACUUUAAAGAUAAUUAAUUUAUAGGAGUAUAAUUUAAUUAUUUAUUAAUCAUUGAGAUCAAGGUUCUAAAAGAAACAAAUAAAAUCAACAACAGUAUUUCCUAAAAAGUCCUCUAAACAUGAAAAUUAAUUGUACUGGUGUUUUUCAUUUUAUUAAACAUUUUUAUGUUUGAUCCUCAAGCAUAAAUUUAAUUCAUAUAAGUAAACCUACACAAAACUCUUGCCUUGUCUUGCUUCUGCCUUGAGGUAAGCAAUUUCUUAUUAAAAAUAAUAAAUGAAAUUAUUCUGUGGCAUUAGUAAAAUAUUAUGUAAAAUAUACACUCGAAUUUAUAAUAACAGUUGUGAAAUCGUUUAAAGAGCAAUUUUAUUUUUAUUUAGUCUAGCAGACGCCCCGCGGUUUCACCCGCGUAGUUCUCGUUCCCGUAAGAAUACGGGAAUGUAACAUAGCCUAUGACACUCGCAAAUAAUUUGCCUUUCUAGUGGUGAAGGAAUUUUCAAAAUCACUUGAAUAGAACUCUCUACACUGCAAACUUUACCUCUUUAUUAAGUAUAGAUAAAUAAACAUUGAAAUUGCCUUAAUAUGCAUUAGUUUAGAAAUUAGAAUCUAUUUUCUAGUACAAAGCUCACAAUUAGCAAUUCCAUUUUAUUAAAAAGCUUUAUAGGAUAUUGUGAUGUAUUGCAGUUUUUUUAGUGACGUUAAAAAUGAUUUUUUGAUCUCCAUUCUGGUUCAAAUUAAUUUUACAAAACUUUGUUAGUUUUUAUGGAGUACUUAAUUAAGAAAUGCAAUAUUAUUAGCUUCAAAGUUAAAUUUAAUGUUGUUUAUACAAUUGAUCAGAGAUUUUAAUUUUGAAAAAUGGACCUAUCACCAAGGUCAUUUAGACUACAUAAUGCCUUAUUAAUUUCUUUUUAAACCAUGUCAUUUAAUUCGUUGAAAUAAUUACUUGGUUUAAAAACUAAAACUACAAAAUUUUGGUAUAAACGAGGUGCUGGUAUAUUUAAUUGUUUUUGUAAAUUUUUUAAUUACAAAACUGACGGUUAAUUUUCAAUGUAUGAAUAAGCAUUUAAUAAAAUUUUGGAACGUGUAAUACCUAUCUAACAUAAGAAUAUACUGUAAAUUAUAUUUUACUAUUUUAAUAGUAUAAGUUAAGUACUGAGCCCACAAACUAUAUUAAAAAAGAAAAGCUCAUUUAAAAAAAAACAGUUUUUAGGUACAAAAUACUUGCAUUUAUACUGGUAUGCAUUCAAAAUGAAAUAAUCCAAUGGUGCAAAUUCGGUUGCGUUAAUAGUACAAAUAUUCCGGUAUCUGGUUUGGUAUUUUUUUUAAAUUAACACAUUCACUCUUUUAGGAGAUCUACAAGACAUUUACUGUUUCAUUAUACUUCAUCCGUUAAGUAUGAUACUAGUGUAUGAUUAUGACAGAUAGACAUAUUUGCUUCUUACUAAAAGUUAAAAUUGAGGAACUGUAAUGAAAAAAAAUACUCAAUCACUCCUUACAUUCUGUGGAAGAUAUCAAUUAUUUUCAUAACUCUUUAUUAUUUAAGAGAUUGGACUCAUUCCACAAAAAGUUAGUAAGAGGUCUAUUAAGUCUCCAAAGCACAUGCCGAUUUUUUUUAAUUUUGACUCAAUGAGUGUUAAUAUUAAUGUGAAUGAAGUAUUGCAGCAGCCCAUAGCAGAGCAGUGAUAGCCCAGUGGAUAUGACCUAUGCCUCCGAUUCCGGAGGGUGUGGGUUCGAAUCCUGUCCGGGGCGUGCACCUCCAACUUUUCAGUUGUGUGCAUUUUAAGAAAUUAAAUAUCACGUGUCUCAAUCGGUGAAGGAAAAACAUCGUGAGGAAACCUGCAUACCAGAGAAUUAUCUUCAUUCUCUGCGUGUGUGAAGUCUGCCAAUCCGCAUUGGGCCAGCGUGGUGGACGAUUGGCCUAACCCCUCUCAUUCUGAGAGGAGACUCGAGCUCAGCAGUGAGCCGAAUAUGGGUUGAUGACGACGAAUGAAGUAUUAACUUAGAAAGCCAUAUUUUUCCAAGCCUCGGAAUAAUAAUUUAAGAGCAAGUUGAAGAGAUAUACAGGAUGUUGUGUAUAAUAAUUAUUAUGAUAGCAACCUAGGUCGCACCACUACAAAGCAUUGCAGUAUACUAUAAUAAUCGUAUUGUUCCUAUUUUCUUUCCUAACAUGAACUAAAACCCCAAGAUUGACUGAAUACAAAAACAAAUAUUCCCCAAUUAAUUACCUACUAAUAAUAAUAACUAUGAAUAAGCCUUAGUAAUGAUAACAUAUUAAAUAUAUUUUUGAUAAAGAUUUCCAUUUAGGAUUUAUUCCUGUGAUAAAAUUUGUGUAUGUAUAAUAAAUAUAAAACAAACAGUAUUAAUAUACAAAAAACAUUGUCACAACAUUCCUUAAAAUUCCAGAAUAUUUUUUACAUAAAAUAUACUCAGAGGCACAGUUAUCCGCCCUCUUUAAUUUGACGCGAGUAUAUUAAAGUGGGUGGAUAAUUGUGCCUCUGAGUAUAUAAAUUGCACUAAGUAUAUUGUAAUUGGUGCAUUGUAUGAUCCAGUUAUUAUCGAAUUUAUCUAUUUAUUAUUGCUCAAUUGUUACUAUUUAUGUUAAUUAGUUUAUUUGUGUGUCCGCGCUUUUGUAUAGUUCAAAGGUUCUCUAUUUGUGUUAAUAUUAUAGUCUUAGAUCCGUAUUAGAAACGUCUAUCACCCAUCUGUAAUAGAUGAAAACUUUUAUAAAUCUAAUUUAGCAUGUUAAAAUGUAUUGGCAGUAGGUUGCCUAAAACAUUCCUGGCCAAUCUAUCAUAGUGUGGCAUGGAAUUUUCAAGGCAACCUACUUACAAUAUUAUAUACUCAGAGGCACAAUUAUCCGCCCACUUUAAUAUGACGUGAGUAUAUUAAAAUGGGCGGAUAAUUGUACCUCUGAGUAUAUUUUGUAUCAACAUCUACUGAUUUAUUUUCAUCCAAUAGACAGAUGAUUGAAGAUAAUUUCUAAUUCGGGUCUUCUACUAUUAGUGAAGCUAAGCAUUUAAGUUUAAAUUAACUUCGACAUUUGCGUCACGCAAUGCGUGUAUUUUUCCAUUGAUUGUCAAAGUUAUAGGUAAUUUAGAAUCGUUACUUAAUUAUUCUCUAUUGUUUAAUGUUUAUAAUAAUAUCUAUUAAUAUUUUAUUAAUAAAAUAAUUGUAAAUAAAACUA